AUGGAGGAUGGUACUGAUAGUGGUAACCAACGACAUGUACAGCCAACUGCUACAUUCUCAUCUGCUCCUGAUGCAUCUACUGCCAAACUCGAAACAUCACCCCAGCAGCCCUCAUUGCCUUCCACAUCACAGCAGUCAUCCUCUUGGCUGCUGAGACUCUUCCAGUCCGACUUUUUCGAUGCAAGACUCGCCGUAUCCUACCUGUACAGAUAUCCCGACACCGUGGGCAUCCAGUUUUAUGUCUGCAACAGACUCAAAUCCAUGCCUCACGACCAUGUCAUCUUUCUGUUGCCUCAACUAUGUCACUUACUGGUCAACAAUCCAACAAGCUCGUCUGCUCUGGAAGAGUUCAUGCUGGCUCAAAGUGAAGCUUCUGCACAUUGGGGUCUCAUGAUGCUGUGGUAUUUACAGACGUAUAUGUAUGAUCAACGUUUACAUCCCAUGACACCAUCCUAUCGCCUUAUAAAACGAGUCUUUCAUCGAUGUCAAGCAAUUAUAUUUGCAGACACUCCGGAUCCCACUCAAACUCUAGAUUGGAAUACAGAUACUCGUAUCCGUGAAAAUAUACCGCCAGCUAUCGUAGGUCUAGGUGCCAUGAUGGGUGGAAUAGGAGGACCACAUGUUAUGCAAGUCGCCAGAGAAAUGGUCAUUGCUCAAGGCAGACGAUGGAGGUCAUGGGGUAUACCAGGUGCCAGCAGUAAUAAUAGUAGUGCAUCGAGUGCUGUUAGUAGUAGCAUAGCAGGAACGGGAUCAGUGACUCCUCCUGAAGAAGAGGACAACCAGAGUCCCACAAACGUGAAACCAUUAUCUGGUGGCAGUGCUGGUCCUUCCAGCACGAGUGCAUUUAUGAAUGCUAGGCUCAAUAAUCUUGCCACGGCAGUACGUAGACCCGCAUCACUGGAUUCAGCUCCAGUGUCACAUCUAAUAGCACGUAUACCAACGAGCUCUCCAUCUGUACAAGACAUGUACCAUGGAACGGCAUUCUCAUUUGGUCGAUACGCUGCCAAGGCAUCUGGUAGUGCCUCGUCGUUAACCAUGUUGCCUCAUGGUAAAGCAUCUUGGUCUACAUCAACUCUAGAUUUAAGGCAUGCGGCUGCUGUCAAAGCUGCUGGUGCAGCUGGAUUCUCUACAGGCACUACAUCACCCGUACCAUCACACGCAUCGACUCAUAAAGCGUCAUCAGAAUACUCGGAUGUAUCUGAUGAACAUAAGCAUCUAGUAGGAUCACACUAUUAUCAUGCUGAAUUACAAUUCAUCAUGGCUUUGACUGAAAUAUCGAAUCGUCUACUCAGUGUGCCUAGAGAAGCACGACAACGGACUCUAGUUGCUGAAUUGGAAUUACUCAACCAUAAUCUACCUGCUGAAAUAUGUAUACCGUUAUGGUGCGCAUCAAAGGGUUUAUCAGGACACCACAAAGUAGUACGGAUACCGCCUGCUGAUGCUGUAGUAUUGAAUUCUGCUGAUCGGGUUCCAUACUUGCUUCUUGUGGAAGUCAUUGAAUCUGAAGAAGCUAGUGCUAGUAAAACACCACAAUUGAGUCCUUUGUGGAGUAGAGAUGGAUCUAUCGUUAAUGGUACUGACGGCCAUGACCAUGCUGAUGUUGGUGUCGAUGGUUAUAAUAAUAGUGACAACGACGGAAUUGGUAUUGGCGGUGUUGCUGGUUUGAGUGAAAAGGCAUUAACUGCAUCAGAAACAACCAGUGAGCAUGAUUUGCAUGGGACAAUAGAGGAUAAAGUAAACGAUACCGCCGAUAUAUUACACGACGAUAACAUCACCAACGGUAGCAUAACAAGACCCAGAGCACCAUCAGCAAUUAGUUUCCCGGAAGAAGAAUUGUUUGCUGAAAAGAUGAGAACAGCUGCCGUCAUGCUCGCCCAAUUAUAUCAACAGCAGCAACGUGAAUUGAUUGCCUUUAUGGGAAUCAACUCAAACACCCUUCCUGCCAAUUUGACUCCUCUGCCACUCCAACCUCUUGCCAAUCCCAGUAAUAAUAGUAGUACUCCUGCGACAAGGACAUCGACUGGAGCUAACGGUGCCUUCCCUGGAUCUCCAGCUCUUGGAAGAGCAGAUCGUCGUAAAUAUCAAAAGAUGAAGACUGAUUUUGAAAUGAUUCGUGGGAAGAUUGUUAAAGAAAUGAUGGUUUUGGAAGAGAGUCGACUGAAACUUGCUAGAGAGUCUAGCAAGACGGCUGUAGAUGCUCCGUCACCUGUUACAGAUGCUGUCGAAGGAUCACCGAAGCCAAAUGGUAUUGCUAGUAGUGGCAGUAAUAGUAAGUUGGAUGAGGCUGAAGUUAAAAAGAUUCAAGAGGCUUGUUUGACUCUUGAUAAGGAAGAUCCGAGUGCCGCUGUAUUCCGAGAAGAUUGGGAGCAAAAGUUGGAACGAGUCAGAGCAGCAUCACCAUACGGAUCUAAUCCAAGGUGGAGACUGAUUUCAGUCAUUGUGAAAUCAGGUGCUGAUUUACGACAGGAGCAACUAGCUCUUCAGCUUAUUGAAGAGAUGCAGAGGAUAUGGAAGGCCGCCUCGUUGGAUUUAUGGGUUUGCUCAUAUCGAGUGCUAGUCACAUCAGAGCAAUCUGGACUGGUUGAAACAGUUAGAAAUUCCAUAUCAAUCCAUUCAAUCAAGAAGAAUGCAUACGCCCAAAAACAAAAUCAAUCUGGAGUCGUCUAUAGCUUGUAUGAUCACUUUAUAGAUAAAUAUGGACAUCCCAAUACGGAUCGAUUUCAACGAGCUCAAGACCAUUUUAUGAAAUCUUUAGCUGGGUACUCGAUAGCCACAUACUUGUUACAAUUACGGGAUAGACAUAAUGGCAACAUUCUACUCCUCUCAACUGGACACCUUGUGCACAUCGAUUUUGGAUUCAUGCUCACGAAUUCACCUGGCUCUGUUGGAUUUGAAUUGGCUCCUUUUAAACUACCACAAGAGUAUCUCGAUAUAAUGGGUGGCCCUACAAGUCCAAAGUUUGAGGAGUUCAGGAAGCUCGUCAAGCUUGGAUUUAUGGCUAUCAGAAAGAAUUAUGAUAAGCUUGUUGCUCUCGUUGAGAUGCUUGAGAAGGAUUCCGCGCUACCAUGCUUUACAGGCUUCAACACAAAACCACCAUCGACAUACAUACCAAAUACAAGCGAAUUAUUACCAAACGGCACAUCACCGCAUGAAAUGCCUCACGGCAUUCUUGAUCCAUCUGGUGGUUUAUCCUCAUCCUCGGGAUCAACCAUCCCACCAUCGAUACUGCCAGCUGCAACCUCUCCGAUGAAUAAUUAUGCUAAAUAUCCCGUCACAAAUGCACUGCGAGAACGGUUUCAGAUGCAGUUGAGUGAAGCUCAAGCUGCAGAGUUUGUGGAUAGGAUGGUUGAUUCUAGUGCGAACAAUGUGUUUACGAGGUUGUAUGAUACAUUUCAGGAAAUAACCCUCCCGUCUAUUGAGAAGCAUAGACAUGUCGACUCUGGAAAACUGUACUGA